GCGACCCCGGGGGGCGGUGCCGAAUCGAGCGCUCGGCGCUCGCGGGAGGCGCCGCUCCGAUCGCGCCGUGACCCAGCGCGGCCAUGGCCGGCUUCAUCAACUUCGCGGACGAGGAGGAGGUGCGGGCGUACCUGGAGAACCUGCACGUGGAGUACAGCUACCAGUGCUUCAAGGAGAAGGACCCGGACGGCUGCCAGCGCUUCGCCGAUUACCUGGACGCCGUGAGAAAGGACUUCGUGGCGGCGGCGCGGGUGCUGCGCGACAACUGCGAGGUGCACGGGCACAGCGAGAGCUGCUACAAACUGGGGGCCUACCAGGCCCUUGGCAAAGGUAUGUACAGCCAGUGCUCAGUGUUGCUCCGUAUUCAGUUCACAACAUUUCUUCUUGCCAGACAGAAGAAAGAAAGUGGACUCAACCCAGAUUUGAAAGCUGCCUACAAAUCUUUUAUGAAGUCAUGUGAGAAAGGUGGGAAGAAGUCGGCAAACGCAUGUCACAGCGCUGGGCUGCUGGCGCAGGACGGGAGAGCCAACAGUGAUCAGCCUGACCCUGUUGCUGCUAGAGACUAUUACACAAAAGCCUGCGAUAGCAAUUUUGCUCCCAGCUGCUUCAACCUGAGUGUGAUGUACCUGCAGGGAGCACCUGGGGUCCCCAAGGACAUGAGCAGUGCCUUGAAGUACUCGCUGAAAGGCUGUGAGCUGGGGCACGUGUGGGCUUGUGCCAACGCCAGCCGCAUGUACAAACUGGGAGAUGGCGUUGAGAAGAAUGAUGCCAAGGCAGAGGAUCUGAAAAACAGGGCAAAACAAUUGCAUAAAGAACAGAAAGAAGCUGCAAGUUCUCUAACAUUUGGGGAAUAAAACUGGCAGUUGCAGAUAUUAAGACUGGUUUUUAAAUGGCAAGUGAACUUGUUAUUUAAAUGGUGAGAGUACAGUUUUCAUUUAAAUAAAUAUCCUGUAUUUGGAUAUGCAAAUAAAAUUAUAUUUAUAUGGAUACAACAAA